AUGGAGCUAGAUAAGCUCGACCUCUACGCCGAAUUGGGUGUCGUGGAAAACGCCUCCGACCGUGAAAUCGUCGUAGCUUACAGGAAAAAAGCACUCAAGUACCAUCCGGACAAAAAUCCCCUGGAACUGGCAAAGCAGAAGUUCCAGCAUCUCACGGCUGUCUAUGCUGUGCUCAGUGAUCUGAAGCUACGAGAGCAGUAUGAGCUGUUGAGAAAGGGGACGCAGAUUAAUGAAGACAGGCUCAGUGAUGAUGUGAAACGGUUUCGGGACCAGCUUCGACGGGCCGAGAAACAGCACGCCAGAAUGUAUGAGGACGCCGGCUUGAGGGAGCAGAAGAUACAGCUUCUACAAAAAGAGGCCCAGGAUCUCCGAUACCAGUUUGAGCGAGAACGCAGUGUUGACAAGUUUGGCUACGUGAGCUAUAAAGACUUGGACUUCUCCGGCAGAUUUACCACCCUAGCGUUCAACAAGGAGGAGGACCGAGAGGUGGAGGUCAAGUGGAAGCUUCGAGAAGAGCCCGAGGCCCAGAUUGACGCCAGCACACUUUGUGAAAUCAUGGCCGUGUUUGGCGCCGUGGAAAGUGCAAAAAUAGGCGAGACCCGAAAUGGCUACGUCUAUGGAUGCGUCGUAUACGAGCUAUGCGACGGCGCAGAGGCGGCCGCAGCACACGACUACAAGCAACGAGCCCGGCGGUGGGAAAACACCAAGGUCCGGAAGCUAGCGUCGCUUCUACGAGGAUGCAAGCGAGAGCGCAGAGCAGAGCCACUCAGCAGCUAUGCUGCGCUCGUGUUGGAGCAGUUGACAGGACAGGUUAUGUGA